AUGGAAAAUCUUCAUAACUGUAGAACCCUUGUCCCCAUGUUUUCUCUGCUUGCUCUUCUCCUCCACUUAUCAUCCUUUCACUCUCUGUCUCUAGCUUAUGACCUCCCAGAUAAGAAUUUCAUCAAUUGUGGAUCAGAUGCUGCUAUAAACUUAACUAGCAGGACGUUCAUUGCAGAUGGUUCCUUCUCCUCACAGAAAAGCAAGGCUGUCAAAGCCAGCAACCAGCUUCCAGAUAAUAUAUCAACUCUCUACCAAACAGCAAGAAUUUUCAGCCAGCAAUCCUACUAUAAGUUCGAGAUCAGUGAAAACGGUACUUAUCUUGUACGCCUGCAUUUCUUGGCUUUCUCCUCCUCGGUUAAUCUCUCCACAGCUCUUUUUGAUGUUCUGGCUUUUCCUAAUGUUUCAAAUUCUGGGUUCAAACUGUUGAGCAAUUUCACUGCUAAGAAUAGUAGCAACUCUCCUUUGAUAAAGGAGUUCUUCCUUGGGAUUGAUCCUGGCACAUUUAAAAUAUAUUUUGUUCCUCAAGCAUCAUCUUUUGCAUUUGUAAAUGCCAUUGAAGUCUUCCUUGCUCCUGCAAGUUUCAGCCCUGAGAAUUACAACAGUAGUCUUCCUUCAGUUCUACAUACAAUUUACAGGGUGAAUGUUGGAGGCCAGGAAGUCACACCAGAUAUUGACAGAAUAUGGAGGAACUGGGAACAAGAUGAUAGUUAUCUGUCUGAUCCAAACUCUGCCAAGGAAAUCCCCUACUACCCAAAUAGGCCUAGUUAUUACAAUGGAGAGCAUAGUGAUCCAGUCACUCAUUUCAUUGCCGCUAAUGAUUUUAUUGCCCCGGAUUCUGUUUACCGAACUGCCAAAGAGAUGAAUAUUACUCCUAGCAGGCCAUUCAAUUCCUUCAACAUAACCUGGUCUUUUAAUGCGAGAAGGAACGCUAGGCACCUUGUCCGGGUUCACUUUUGUGACAUUAUUGGUCAACCUGGUAAUAUAGUAUUUUAUUUGUACUCAAAUGGCAACUUCAGUAAGAAGGUUGGGGAAUAUGAGUCCUUUUUCUCAACAGAGUCGGCUACUCCUUUCUACUAUGAUUUUGUG